ACGCCUAAUGAAGUUCGGUUUCGGGGCAGAAUCGUCGCCGUUGACAGAUACUUGACGGAGAAGUGGGAUUCGUCGCCGGAGGUGACUGCGGAUACAGAAGCGAUUCAAUACCGGUGCGUUAGUGUGCGUAGGAAGGGAAAUUAUUUGCUUUCUAAGAUAACUUUUCAGGUAUUGAGUCUUUUAGAGGCAUGGAUACUCCGAAGAACCAACAGGAGAGGCAGACUUCAUCGGCUGCUACAGCCUCACCUGUUCCCUCGUGUCGAAAGAAGAAGAAUGAGCAAGCUACUUUUUGGGAAGAUGUGAAGGAUCACAUUGAUGAGUUUGUCAAUGCUUCUAUGGAAGAACACAAGACUUGCUUUCAGAAAACCAUUCAAAAGAUGUUUGGUUUGUCCAAAGUUGUUGCACAAAGGAACUCUGAUGUUGCCAAAGAAGUUGAAAGCUCUCUGCCUCUUCAGACAACCGUCCAAGAGUAAAAUCCAAGACUUUUGACCCUUUCGUUUGGACUAUAUAUAAAUAUCCUACUUCUGGACAAAUUAGAAACAAAUAAUCGUUAGACUUUAAUUAUAAGUUGGAGAGAUUAUAUUAAAAAAAUUCAUAGAGAGCAAUACUAUUCAUUAGACAUGAGUGGUACCUUUCAUUUUUAGACUUUAUGCAAUGUAUAAGUCUCUUAAUCUAGUACAGUUAAAUGCUGGGAAGCUGUUUAAAACCAAAAAGUAAAUUGAAGCAGCUUCAUCUUUGGGUUUGCCAGCUA